CGAGUGGAGGAAGAGCGGAGGCGAACAGAAGAAGAAGCAGAAAGCGCGUCGGCUUUUGUUUUGGUUUUGUUUGGGUUUUUUUUUUUUUGCCCCUUCUCCUUCUUCUUCUUCUCCUCCUCCUCCUUCUUCUUGUUUCUUCCCUUUGCUUCCCGAUGAUUAAAAGAGGAUUCCAGGGAAACUGACUCGGUCGGGAGGAAUUGAUGGUGUCUUCCCGGGGAAGCGGAGCCGAGCGGAGGAAUCUGAAUGCGCUCGGCUGAAUCAUGCCAGGGCUGUGGAUCCUAACUUUGGCGAUCACUCUGAACCAAGUGUCGUGCGUUCGCUUCUCCCAGGAGCCUGCGGACCAGUCGGUGGUGCUGGGAGAGCGCGUGGUGCUGUCCUGCGUCGUCUUCAACUACACCGGCAUCGUCCAGUGGACCAAGGAUGGACUGGCGCUGGGCAUCGGGGAGGGCCUUCGAGCCUGGCCGAGGUAUCGUGUGCUUCGAGUUCUGGACAUCGGCCAGUACAACCUGGAGAUCUCCAACGCUGAGCUGUCGGACGACUCCCUGUACGAGUGUCAGGCCACCGAGGCUGCCCUGCGCUCCAGGAGGGCCAAACUCAACGUGCUCAUCCCCCCUGAAGACCCGGUGGUUGACGGUUCCCCUGAGCUGCUGCUGAUGGCCGGGACGCCCUACAACCUGACCUGUGUGACCCGCGGGGCCAAGCCGGCAGCACACAUCCAGUGGACUAAGGAUGGAGUCACUCUGGAGGGAGCCCACCAGUCUACAGAAGUGUUACCGGACAGAAAGAGGGUGACCACCAGGAGCUACCUGCCCAUCACGCCGGUCGACACCGACACCGGCCGCAACUUCACCUGCGUGGCCAGCAACCCGGCCGUGCCGCUGGGCAAACGAGCCACCGUCACCCUCAACGUUCACCACCCUCCUACAGUAACUCUGUCCAUCGAGCCUCGCUCCGUCCUGGAGGGGGAGAGAGUCACCUUCACCUGCCAGGCCACCGCCAACCCUCCCAUCAUGGGCUACAGGUGGGCUAAAGGUGGUGUGCUGCUGGAGGGGGCGAGGGAAAGUGUGUUUGUCACCACGGCGGAUCACUCCUUCUUCACCGAGCCGGUUUCCUGUCAGGUGUUCAACGCCGUGGGAAGCACCAAUGUCAGCAUCCUGGUUGACGUACACUUCGGUCCCAUCCUGGUGGUGGAGCCCCGGCCGGUGACGGUGGACGUGGACUCGGAUGUGACGUUGAACUGCAAGUGGUCCGGAAACCCUCCGCUCACGCUCACCUGGACCAAGAAAGGCUCCAGCAUGGUGCUCAGCAACAACAACCAGCUCUACUUGAAGUCGGUGAGCCAGGCGGAUGCAGGCCAGUACGUCUGCAAAGCCAUCGUCCCCAGGAUCGGCGUGGGAGAGACCGAGGUCAUGCUCACUGUGAACGGCCCUCCCAUCAUCUCCAGUGAUCCGGUCCAGUACGCUGUCAGAGGCGAGAGAGGAGAGAUCAAGUGUUACAUCGCCAGCACCCCUCCACCCGACAAAAUUGUCUGGGCAUGGAAGGAGAACGUGUGGGAGAAGGAGAAGGGGACGCUGAUGGAGAGGUACACGGUGGAGCAGAGCAAGCCUCCGUCCCAGGGCGGCGCCGUCCUGUCCACCCUCACCAUCAACAACGUCAUGGAGUCCGACUUCCACUCGCCCUACAACUGCACCGCCUGGAACUCCUUCGGGCCCGGCACCAUGAUCAUCACCCUGGAGGAGAAAGAGAUUGUUCCAGUGGGAAUUAUAGCCGGUGGGACGGUGGGAUCCUCCAUUCUGCUGCUUAUGUUUCUACUGGCACUCGCCUUCUUCCUCUACCGCCAACGCAAAGGCAGUCACCGCGGGGUCACCCUGGGCAAACCAGACAUCAAGGUGGAGACGGUGAACAAGGAGACCCACAGCCUGGAGGAGGAGGCGGCUAGCGUCUCCACGGCUAACCGUAUGGUCAAGGCCAUGUACUCCCCGUUCAAAGACGACAUGGACCUGAAGCAGGACAUAAGGAGCGAAACCCUCGACAACCGGGAAGAGUAUGAGCUCAAGGAUCCAACCAAUGGCUACUACAACGUGCGGGCCACCACCCAUGACGAGGCGCGCCCCCAGUCCCGUGCCAUCCACUACCAGGGAGAGUUUCGCUCCCCGAACCCGAGCAGCGGGCCGACCGGCGCUACAUCCAGCGGGCCAUCGGCUGCCGCCAGCGGUGCAGUGCCCCCCAGUGGAGUGCCAGGGUCAAGGGCUGGCUGCUACGACCCACGCCCGCCUUCCAGGAUGUCCCACGCCAGCUACGCCCAGUUCAACACCUUUUCCAGAGCGGCGCAGAGCCAGCAAGCGCCACCCAAUCCGGCACUUCAGUCUCCUGGCGAUUACCCCGGAGACUGCGGUCUGUUGGACAGCAGCACUCAGCUGGCCUAUGACAACUAUGGAUACCCCUCCCAGUAUCCCAGCUACCGCAUGGGCUUUGCCCCGCCCAUAGAGGAGGGCCCAGCCUAUGAGAUGUAUCCAACGGGACAAGGGGUGGGGCAGGGGCCCGGGCAGGGGCCAGGGCCGGGGCCGGGGCCAGGGCAAAGUCCUGAAACAGGGCUGGGGAAAUAUGGAAGCUCCACUCGCUUCUCCUACUCGUCUCCACCCUCUGACUAUUCCCACAGACACACACAGAGGAUGCAGACUCAUGUGUGAGAAGCUCACACACAUGCGCCCACGUGGACUGUUUAUUGUGCAGCGGUACACACACACACACAUUUAAACACAGACACACGCACUGUUUGAAGACAAAAGACGUAGUUCUACCCUUCUAUACAUACUUGAACAUUCAAGAUUCGGAAUGCUGUUGCCAUAGCAACCAGUGCAUGGAAUUUGGUUCCGUUUCCCAACACGAGAAACACCAACAACAACGAUACAUCAACGUGCAGUAGUGAGCAACAUUGCAUACAAAAUUGUUAGCAGCAAUACAUACACACACUCCCACACUUUGGCUCAGACCUUCUAUUGUGUGCACUGUUACGCUCCAGCAACAGCAACAGCAACAGCAACAGCGAGAGCCACAAUCAAGAGAAGAGAAGCAAAAAGACAAAGAGAGAAAGAGAGCACUUUGUAGACAAGGGGGGGGGUGGGGGCCAUUAAGGAGGGCAGAGGAACCCUUUCCUCCCUCGAUUCCUCCUCUGGCUUUUGGACCAUCUCCCUGCAUCACCCCUUCCUCCCAUCCCAUCUCUGUAAAUAAGCGAAAAUUGGGUCCUUUUUGGAGUAAGUAUUAUUUCCUUGUACAAACCUCUCCAGUAUACAGUGCGAUGCAGUACAGUGACCUACAGAAGACCUACCUGUAAUCCACAGCUUUUGCAAUCUCUGACUCUCACACAGUCCAAACACACACACACACACUUUAAAAAACAAAACAAAACAAAACAAAAAAAAAACACGUGUUUCUAUGUAUUGCAGCAAUGGGGCAGCUUGGACUCUAUAUAUCAGGCACUUUUGAAUCCCUUUGUCACCGUACGCACCUAGAACACUGCCCAGCAGCCAUGGCAUACAAGAUCUACCUUUAUGGGACAAAGGUUCAAAGUGGGACAGAGGUUUGUAAGGCGGUGCAGUGACUGACCAGAGUGCCAAUGAUUAUGUGCCAGCACGCACAAACUAUAAAAGUGUGUGUCUCCCUUCGCUACGGAGAGGACAGUGUUCUUGGCAAUGACAGGUUUUGUAUAUGUCACAUCUAAGAGGACAGGAAAGGAGCGGUAGCAAUUGUCUCAAAAUGCUCCUUCCCUCAUCUCUCAUUUUAUACACCAUAAUACAUUUCUAUAUUCCAGCGUUUCAUUCACUUGAGGUCUAUGCUGUAUAUUUGUGAAUUGGGGCAGGGGGGCAAAAACGCGCUUUUGCAUUGAGUGAAUUUCUGCAGUUUGUACAAAAAAAAAUACCUCCCCUACCUUGAAGUGUCAAAAAGUAUUUGUUUCUCUCACUUGCACAGUAGAGUAGGACUUUUUUUCCAUAUUUAUACCGAAACUUAUAAAAAAUUGCAUUCAGAAACAUUUUAUAGUAUUUUUCUAAGGAGUUGUGGACCAAAGGUUCAGAGUUUUGGGUGACAUUCACUUUUUUAUGUUUAAAGGUUUCUGUGUCGAAGUGAUUGUUGUCGGAAAUGUUGACUUUCUUAGAAGUGAUGGGUGGUGUUUUUAAAGGGGAUGUUGUAGACUUAAAAUUAGACUUUUGAAGAGUUCCAGUCCAAAACGCUGCAUAUCCACUUUGAUGGGCGAAAGCUCAUCAUUCAAUACCUCCAAAUUAUAGACGGUCCAGUUGGUGAGGUGUUACGGCAUGGACCUAACUUGAUUCCAUCCCACUAAAAAUCAGUAUAAUUUUUGGCUGUCAAUCAUUUUGUACGAGUAGGUGUCACUUCAUUUAAAUGAUGGAUACCUCACUUUGGAAUGAAACUCUUCACUUGAUUCCCAGCCAUCUGACUGGGCUGCCUUUUUCAAACGUGUCGACGACAUUCAAAAUGAUGGAUGGAUGGCUAGCUGUUUAAAAUGCCCGCUCACUUUGGGGACUGUUGUGACCCGCUUUUAGAGAUGAGGACGUUUAAGUGUAGCGUAACAUAUCAAAAGGAAGGUACGUUAAUCAUGGAAGGCAGAGGAUUCAAUCUAGCUCAUGCGGUACUUUAUGCAUUCAUGUGUAAGUAUGUUGGUUUCCUCACCACAGCAGAAAAUUCAGACGUAUUUUGUUUCCAAGAUUUACCCAAUAUAUCGUAUUAGAGUAGGUACGUACCACUUAUACAGGUACAUAAUAAUCAGCAUUUUUAAAAUAUUGGUGCUCUAACCUGAACUUAAAGAUGCAGCUGUACAAGUCCCAAGUUUACUCAAUCAUCACUACACUAAUGCUGAAGUGUUUUCCUCUCUGAGAUGAAAUCAAAAAUUUGGUUCAGCCUUCAGAGACAUAAGGCAGAAUCUGACAAGCAAUUGUUGGAAACACAAUCGUUUGCAUUACAGUAAAAUUAUUCUGGUGAACUAUAUAAUAUCCAACUCUAUGUUUACACUGCAAGCAACUUUUUUGAUGGGUCGCUCCAUUGUGACUGAUUUUUUAUGCAGUGCCAGAGGCUCCAAGAGGCACCAAUGUAGUAAUCUUAGUUGGUUUUGCCUUUUGUGACAUUUCGAUCAAUAAAUAUAGCUAAAUAGGUAGCAUUAGUAGAACAAAAAUUGAAAUAAAUUACUCAACAGUGUUUACCAUUGUAAGCACUGCUCUUGAAGAUUUGGUUUUUGUGGACAGUCGUGAGGUGGCAGCUUUUAAAGUCCAUAAUGAACUUCUUGUCCAUUUCGCACUUGCUUGUCAGAACUAUUGUUCAUCAGAUGAAGUCACAUCAGGAAGGAAACAACGCAGCGCAGAAAUCUGAUUGGCCAUCGACGACCAGUGACUGUGAAAAAGCAGCCGUUCAACAAAUCAGUUGAGUCUGCUGGUCGAGGACAUGAGUGGACUUUCUGUGACCUGCUUGUGUUGCUCGCAGUGUGAAUGUGGAAUAGCAAACAACCGGCCAUGCAGUUACUGUGGUACUAAUGAAGGACAAGUGGACAAUGGAGGGGGGUGGGGCUUCUACCAGAGCUCCUACUGGCUAUAGUAGUGAUUUAUUGUGGUACUUUUAUGCCUGUGAAUGAGGGUGGAUUCAACUCUGGUCAUCACACCAUCUCACAACUUCACCUUGGACAUUGACAAUCAUCGCUCCAUGGCAGCAGCGUCCGUCUUCACUAUGAACCGAGCCUGAAAUUAAAAAGGCUCCAUCUCCGCCUGUUGUACCUUUGAGGUAGGAAAGCAACAACCUAUCCAUAUCCCACAGAGUCAAACUAGCAUGACCUUUUUCAGUUGCAGUCAGUUUGUAAAGGGGCAUUGAGUAAUAUAUUCAUUCAACCUCCAUCAGCACCACAAAAAAUGUUCAACUUUUUUAUGGUGUUUUUAUGGCCUCUCUGCUUUACCGGACUGUCAGAGGCUAGUGAAGAGUGACAGGCCGCACAGAGAGUUUCAAAGGCCAGAAAUGUCAGCACCUGGCAAAGUAAUUGUUGAGUCAUGGGUAUUGAUUAACUAUCCAGUCAGCCCCAGGCAGACACUGUAUAUUCUGUUUUUUGUGCUGUCAGGCAGUAAAAAUCAUACUUACUGGCUGUCUGAAUAAGCACUCUCACAAAUCUAACCACAGCCACAUAAAAGGACGUGUUUGCGGGGCAACAUUAUGUCAGUAAGGAAAUUUUUGACCAAAAUAUCAGGUGGAAUCUUACAGCUGCAAGGUCACCAUAUAAACCGUUUCAGUAGUUGUGGAAAGAGGAACGGCAGAUGGAGCGGAGCACCGUUUUAAAUUUAUAUGGUUCUCACAGCCUUGGUACUGCAUACUAUUACCUCUUUACAGCCCUUUUACAGUGUUGUAACUGCAGUGUUUUGCAUCAGACUUGCAAUGUCACGAUGACCUUGUGCAGGAUGAGUAAAUUCGACACAAAGCACUGGGGCCAAUAGAUGCACAUCCAGGCCGUCCGGGUACUUGCAGGUACAGCUGACUUGGUAGUGAUGCUACCAAGUCCUCUUUAGGUCUGUUAGCUGUACAAACUUAUAAACUGUUACCUCUCUUACUGCCUGUUAACACUGCAAAGACAUUAGAGACAAAAUGUUGUGGCAAAUAUCAGGACAGGCAAAACAGAGGUCUCAAUUUGGUUCACCAAUUUAAACCCACACGGUUUGGACUCGACAUGCAUCUACUCUAGGUUGUUAAGUGUGUUGCCUGCUUCCUGGUGUAUACCUAUCAACAAGGUGUCUUCGAAUACAAUUUACUCUCCAUCCUUUCCUCUUUCCCCAGUGAUAUACCAAUAGCAAUCUCCCACCUCCCAAAUUCAGAGGUUGGACUUCAGCGUUUUGAAAAGCUCAUCACAAAAUCUUAAACCUUUCUCUCAUACCUCUCUUCCGAAUCUCACCUUUUUUCUUCCAGAAAACAUAUGGAAUAGGUCAGCGCUCUAGCUUGUAUAUAAAUGUGUGUA